CGUGAACACUACAGACAUUUCAACAGCAAGGCAACUUUUCAACUACUGUACAGCACAGGACUGAGACUCUCUUAACAUUUGCAGAGGGAUAGCUUUUACUCUUUGGAAUGCUCUUGUAACCUUUUUGUAUGCUCACAGGAAUCCAGUUGGUGUAGCAAUGGGAAAAAACAAAAGACCUGGCCAACACAAGCACUGUGAAAAAUGCUUUAGCCUUCGCUGCAAAGCCCCAAUAGAUAUAUCAGUCUCCUGCAUGGUGAUAAACUGUCGGCUUCACUGUGGAGCGGUUUUCCAUAUGUGCAAGGAGGAAGAACACAAACUGCUGUGUCCGCACGAAAAGGUCCCCUGCCUCAAUGCUGAAUAUGGCUGCCCGUUCUCAAUGCUCCGUUUCAAACUCGCUAAGCAUCUGGAGGUCUGUCCAGCAAGCACUGUGAGCUGCUCCAUGGAAUGGAACCGCUGGCCUCUGAUAGAAACAGAGACCGUUCUCAACGAGAAUGUAAUGAAAGAACCAUACUCAGAGGAGAAUUUAGACCUGUCCAUGGCUCUCAGAGACCAAAGAGUCCUAUUAAAUUCUUUAAAAAUGAGAUCCCUCUUUCCUGAGUUGACAGAACAAGUCCCUGAAGUUAGAAAUAGAGCUUCAGAACUAGGAUCGGAAGGGGCAGAACUAGGAGCUGGAUGCUCUGGUCAAGCCACUGCUUCAGGAGGCAACAUCUUUAUAGAUUCCGCAGGGACGGUAUUUAGUAGGGAAGAAGUUAUUGAACUGACCCAAGCUGAGCGUGAAGCUUUGGCAAAGGACACAAAUGUGGCGGACUUUGAAAGGUAUGACAUCUGGGAGAAUAUGUUUAGCAAGGAGAAGAGCAGCUGCAAACACACUGAAAAGGCUUUAAAGAAACAGGGACACACAGAGGGUAAAGAAGAAGAGCAGGCUACAUCCUGCAGUAAAGAACAGCAGGAGGAGCCUCAGAAUGAUAAAAACGGGGAGGCUGAAGCUGAAAGACAUCUUGAUAAGACAGGUCAAGCACCUUGGCAGGAUGGGGUUCUGGAAAGGCUAAGCAAACAGGUCACCCCAAUGGAAUACAACAUGUAUCUGUUGCACAAUGGCAGCAUGCUGAUUAACUUUGGCCAGAUUGAUGCCUGUACCCCAAAAGACAGAGACUUUGUUUACGGAAGCAUAGAACCAAUGGAACUCAAGAGUGUCCAAACAUUUAAGGUUCCCAAAAGUUACCGUGCCAAAAGGUCAUGCGGUGGGAUGUCUUCAAUGAAGAAAGAACACAAGGCAGUCGACACAUCUGAUUUAGGUGUCACUGAUGAUGAAAUACCAACAUGGGAUGAGAUUAGGGCUUCCUUACUUUGCUCAUUAGAAAGAGAAUUAAAAGGUCAUGUCAUCUCAGAGACCAUGGGAAGUGAUGGGGUGACUGUAGACUUUGGGACACAGACGUAUUCAUUUGAAUCAACACCGUUUAAGCCAGAUUCUUCAUUGGCUGACAUUACAGCAGACCGGAGUCCGUUCCUCAGUUUUCAUCUUCAACCUGAAAGCGUGACUAACAGGCACAACAAAGUCAGCUCCGUGUUCACCUUGUUUUGUCACCACUUCUUCAGACGCGACGAGUUUGCUUCACACUUCAAGAACGUCCAUGCGGAUAUCCAGUCUAGUCUGAGCGGCUGGUUCGAGCAGCGUUGCCCUCUGUCCUACCUCGGGUGCACCUACAGCCAAAGGAAGUUCUGUCCUGCCAGACAGAAGGCUAAAAUUACCUACAGUCAGGAACUCAGCACCUUCACCCUCAAGCCAGAGGUUUCCUCUUUACUCUUUGAGGGUGUGAAAACUAAUCCCGCCCUCAGAAAACGUGCAAGAAACCUGGACUCCCUGAGCAGCCUGCCCUUUGAGAUGCUGCAGCAUAUCGCUGGGUUUUUGGAUAGCUUGGCUUUGUCCCAGCUAGCCCAGGUCUCUCAGUACAUGAGGGAAGUCUGUUCCACACUGCUUCAGGAGCGAGGUAUGGUCAGUCUGAAAUGGGAAAAGAAAACAUACUCACAUGGGGGAUCUUCCUGGAGAGCAAGGAAGAAGGUCUGGCAGUUCAGUUGUCUAUUUUCCACUGUAGACAGCUGGUGCUUUGAUGACAUUCCCUCCAUGUCUGAGCAUCUGAAGGUCUGCCCUUUCUAUGUGACUGAACAGAAGAGUGAGCCUGUCCCCCUGGCCAACAUGUGUGGGACCAAAGAACAAUCACAAGAGAGGAGCACCCUGGUAUCCAUGUUUCUACCAAAGCCGUGAGAGUGAGGGUGACCAGGGGUAAAAGAGAAACAAUUGAGAAUGCAGAUCAACUUUUUUUUAAGAACUUCUGAGAAUUCUUAACAUCAAGACAAGGCAUGAGUCAUUUGUUCUUUAGUGCACCAUUCAAGGUUAAUUUGGGUAUACCUAAUAGGCAUCUCGUCUUUUUGAGAUGGAAAAAGCGACCCCCAAUUUAAAUGUUCAUAUUUAUUUUACAUUUAAGUAGGGGAGUACUAUUAUAAAAGCUCACAGUGGCAGAUAUUGUGCAAGCAAGGUAAAGCAAGGAGUAUGGUUAAGCAUGAUUAAAAACAGACCACUAGAUGGCACUAUAAUAUUGUAAAGUACAGUGACUUGAAGCGCAGACAAGUACAGUAGUACUGUAUGGAGAUCAGUAGCUGUUUAGGCACAUGCAACCCAUGCAAUUGCAUGGGGCCCCGAGGCAGCAAGGGGGCCCUUGUUGUCAUGGCUCAGUUACUAUAAAAAAAAAGUAUGUGCUGUGUAAUCAAGUAACUCACGAUAAGCCAUCUAAAAAUGACCUAAUUUCGACACACUACAAUCAAAGUUUGCUUUCGCUUGCCGUCAGCGCUGCAAACCUGAGGGGAAUACAUGUAUAGGUGUCUCACACGCAUAGGGAUGUGUGUUUCAAUGUAUGUAAAACCAUGUGGGUCAAAAAUGCGUUAUUUAGUACAUGUUUCAAAUAUUUAGUACACGUUUGACUUUAGUUCGUGGUGUAAUUCUAAUUAUUACACAUAGUCAUUUGGCCAAUCAGAUCACUGCAAAUGAAAUGAGAACCCAUGAAUUUAAAGAAAAUAGUAUGUGUAAUAAAUUAUCCAAUUAAAAGUCGCCAUAUAGCUGCCAUUCCCGCCCAAUCAGUGGCGGUAUAUGGACUUGGCAUUUGGUAAACUGACCAGCACCUACGUAGAAAAUGCGUAUUUCAUUUACAUUUAUUUAGAAGACGUGGUAUUUUAUGUCUUCUGAUUGGUCCAAAUCAACAUGUGUACAGAAUAUUUGAAAUGCAUGCUUUUUGACCCGGAUGGGAUUUCAUAUUAAUGAACCUUGAAACAUAUUAAAAUGAAUGCCAAUGUAUCGUCCUCGCCUCUUGCGAUGCUCGACCACGUCUACAAGGGGAAUCUGCUGGACCUGCAUCCUAUCCUCAGUAUGGCCUUGCGUCUGGUUUUGACUAUCUAUCAAAUUAAUCCAAAACUAUUUACUUUCUACAAUGUCGCUGGAACGUUUGACGGGACUAGGACAUCGAUCCUGCACCAGAUUUGCCGAAAAUGGGAUUAUUCAGGUAUGAUUGCAGACUUUGCCGCAACAAAAGGUUACUUUCUAACUGUCUUGUGAGUGUUUUUUUGUGUAGCUGUAGUAAAAUGCAAUACAAAUAGUCAUUAUUGCUCUGUUUGAAAGUCAUGGUAUCAUAACGUAGUAUUACUGGUAAGAAUAGGGAAUAGGGGCCCCGGAAUGGAGCUUUGAUGGGGCCACUGCGGAACAAACACAGCCACUGAUUUCUGAUUGGUCUAGACAUUUCUAGUUGAGUCGCUUAUUCCAACACACAAACUGUCCCUCUGAAUAGCCAUUUUAAAAUCUGACAGUGACUUUAAGAUACAGUACAAAUGUUUGGAGUAGGAUUGUGAUUAUACCAAGGAUCAGGUUUAUGUCUAGUUGCUCUCAGACAUGUGGAUACAUCUUUACCUAUUAUUGCCCUUAAACCGAUGCAAGGUUACUGGAAGUUCACUGAAACGGAAAACUGUUUGUUUUUCGACAGCCCUAACAAAAGAAUAAUUAGGUUCAUGUUAAAAAAUGUUGGUGGAACGGUUAAGUGUUGGGAAAGGAAUUAGAUGUCUCCCAAAACACAGCCUUUUCUUCUGCAUUUUAACAGUAAUUGGUACUGACAUCCUAAUGUUUUGUGUAAAUGACUAAAUCCCUGGACAUAUUUAAAGUUUGCAUUAAACCAUAUCCCUAAGAUGAUAAUCUUAUUACAAACACUAAGCUUAUACAGAAACACUCAUCAAUCAUUUACAACUUCACACAGUUUAUUUAAAUGGGAGAAAACUAGCUGAAUAUUGCGCCAGCUACAUUCUGUUUCAAAGCAUUUCAAUUAUGUUUUUAUUUCACCCCAUAAUCUUAAUCCUAUUACAAAUGCAAUAAACAUCUAACUAAACUAAUCCGCACAUAUUUAAGUGUAGAUAGAGGCAGAAUACAUCUUCCACAAUUGAAAAUGACCAUGGAUCUCGGUUGUUCUAUUAAGCCAAUUGCUAUCUGUAGUUGGAGAUUUAAGACGUAAUUGUGGAUCACAUUCUAAUAUUUCCCAAUGUUUUGAAAUAAUCAUUUUUAUGUCAUUUGAAAUAUAAUUAUACUCAGUAACAAAUGUAAUUCUAUCUGUAUUUAAAUAAUUACAUUUCUGUUCUUUUUGGUGCUGUAGCUAAUAGAUUUCUAUUGUAGCCUCUAUAAUAGAACUGGUUUUGCAUCUCUUUCGAUUUAAUUUGAAAGUCUGAAGUAUUGUUGCAAUUCUGUUUACCAUAAUCAACACACCCAGAAAAUGAAUUGCAGACUGGUUAUAUGCCAUAGUAAAUUUUAAAGUUGGGCUAGUGUUGUUUAAAUAAUCUUUGAACAAAAAAAACGUCUUUUUCAGAUCCUGUCCAUACUAAUAUUAUGUCAUCAAUGUAUCUUUUUCCAAAACAUAACAUGCUGUAAGCGUGGAUCAGAAGCAAUGUCAUUAAGAUGUGGUCUUUACCAGCAGCACAUAAAAAAGAUUUGUGUAAUGUGGCGCAAAGGCCGAGCCCAUAGCUGUACCUUGUAUUUGUAUAAAGUAUUUAAAUAAAAAAUAAUUAGAUGAUAAUAUGAAUUCAGUUAAUUCUGAAAGUAAAUCAGUAGGCUGAUCAUUAGGUUUACUUGCAACAUGAAACAGCAUUGCAUCCACCCCAUCUCUAUGUGGUAUAUUGGUGUAGAGGCUUUCAACGGCAAAUGAAUUCAAACAAGCUAUUUGCCAUUACUUAAAUAUUACAUUAUUUAGAUUUUAUCCAUGAAAAAGUCUAAUCAUUUAAGGCACUUACACACUAAAAUAUGAUUAUAAUUUUUGGUAUCCAAGCCACCUGCUUUCACAAACGCCUCUAGAUACACUUAAAAAAAUCAACAAAUUGACUGAAAUAGAGUAUUGGUCUCCCUGGUGGUUUCAAAGAGUUCUUAUGUAUUUUAGGUAAAGUAUAGACAAAGCGCAUAAUGGGAAAUUCCACUUUUAAGAAGGCCAACUGACUCUGUGUGAUUGAGUUAUUUUUCAUAGCAUUAUUAAGAAUCUUGUCUCUUUUUUGUUUAAGUACAGAAAUUGGGUCAUUAGUGAGAUGUUCAUAGAACUCUGUGUUAUUUAGUUGUCUUUACACUUCAGCUACGUAAUCAUCAUUAUUCUGUAUUAUUAUUAUUAUUAUUAUUAUUAUUUAUUUCUUAGUAGACGCCCUUAUCCAGGGCGACUUACAAUUGUUACAAGAUAUCACAUUAUUUUUUACAUACAAUUACCCAUUUAUACAGUUGGGUUUUUACUGGAGCAAUCUAGGUAAAGUACCUUGCUCAAGGGUACAGCAGCAGU